AUGGAAGACCUGCUGGUUGGGGCUGGCUUGCUGAACGAGGAUCGCAUCUCCUAUGACGCGGUAAAGGGCUUCCGUGUUCUUCCCACAGCAACCUUGAACUUUGAGCUGCUAGACCGAGCAUUGACCAUGCUGGUUCUGAUGUCCAUCCAUGACAUCAUGAAGCUGGACUUGCUGAGGCCCAUUGCCACGGAGGAUUUCCGCGGCUACGAAGCCGGAGAUCCGAUCAGUGAUCAUGAUGUGGCGCUAAGCUACGUCCUUGAAC